UGGUGUUUCCUUCACAGUUUCACAAAAUGCAGGUGUAUGUUAACGUAUUCUGUCUUGUUAUACACCAUAGAGGCAAAAUGUCAUCAUCCAUGCAAUCAUCCUCAUCCUUACCUGUCCAGAACUGUUCUGUGCCUUUACUGGGCUUGGAUCUGCAGGAAAAGCAGCUUCUUCCUCUUGCUACCAAGGGAGCAACCUAUGGAGCAGUAGGAAAUCUCUACUCACCGAUUCAGCCGUAUGAAAAGGAUUGUCACAAGACUACAAACACCAUCCAAGAUGGAGUGUGUUUUACUGAUCCAAGAAAAGAACCUGACAGCCUAGAAUGCCAAGCAAGAAAAUAUUUCAGCAGUGACAACAUUGACACUUUGAUGCAGAAGUUAAGUGAAAACGAAACCCAAAAUAUGAAUCUCAGGAGAAAAAUACUUGAAAGGGAGAAACACAUUAAAGAACUUUCAUCCAGGCUCCAGCUUGAAAAAGUCAAGGUACAGAAAGAAGACCAGCUCUCAAGAUCAGUAAAGGCUGUGCAAGAUCAUUUGCGGUGUCAGAUUCAAAGGAAAGAAGUGGAAAACGAUGAACUAAAAGCAAAAAUACAGACUCUAGAAAAGAAAAUAGCUGAGUGGAAACUUCAGGUUGGUGAAUACAAGCACCAGAUGUUUGCCUUAAGGGAAACAAGUGAGGAACAGAAGACUGCUCUGAAAAAAGCAAUCAGGUUCCAGAAACAAAGAGCUCAGCACUUUGAAGCAGCUGUGGAAAACUUAACCUCCAGUAUCAGAGAACGUGAGGUCAAGCUGUCUGAGAUGCAGUCAGCUUCCGAUGGCUGGAAGAGCCAGCACAAUAGAAUGGUUGAAGGAAAGACCAUGUUAGAAAUUCAAAGAGAAGAUCUCAAGAAGCAUAUCACAAGCCUUUUGGAGGACUUGAAAAGAAAGGAGGAAGGGAGAAGAAACUCGGCAGAGGAAAUUCUUGGAAAAUUGAAUUCUGUUAACGCUGAAAAUGAGAAGAUUUACCUUGAAAAUGAAACAUUAAAGGCUUCCCUUGCUACAUUGGAGGACAGCACUCUUUCUGUUGAAAAUGAACUGCUAAAUCUGCGAGAAAAGGCAAAGGUGCAGGAAACCCUUGUUGAACAGUACAGAAAUCAGGUGCAAAAACUACAAACAGCAGUGAAAGAACUAAAAUCAAGGUAUGAAACGAUCUUCGAUGAAAACAAAAGAAUAACAGAAAAUGAAUACUUAGAGGUAGUUAUGGUGAGGGGCAAAACGGAGGCAGAGUUGAAGGAGUUAGAACGUGUUUGUGACUUGCUGAAAGCAGCCGAGGAAAAGCAGCAAGGCUGUCAGGAAAAGCUUAUAUCCUGGGAAAGGAUCCAUGCGUGGAAAUGCAAAGCCCUUAGGGAGCUGCAGGUUCAGGAUAAAGACAGUGUAACUUCUCUGGAGAGUCAUUCUGUAGAAGAGGAAAACGAUAACAUUCAGAAGAAAUAUGAAGAUCUGAAAAGCCAGUUGGAAAAGAUGGAAUUGCAGAAUGAAGAGCUUGCUUGUCAGCUCAGAAAAGAAGAUGAGAGUCUUCAGUGCAGUAAAUUGCAGCUCGAAGAGAAGAUGGCAGAAUAUAAUGGAUUAACCAAACAACUGGAAUCUGCUUUGGAAGAAGGGAGAAAAAUGGUAGCUGAAGAACUGGAAAAAAUGUCACACAAAGAGCGAGCCCUUCAGACAAAAUUGCUGGUUCUUGAAACAGAAGUGCGAGAGGGGCAAGAAGAGAAAAAACAACUCCUCUGUGUAUUUUACCAUAAUGAAAAGCGACAUGAAAUACAUUUGAAGGAGCUGGAGAACAGCCUGCAGAAAUCGGAAAACAAGAACCAGAGCAUCCAGAAUUACAUGCAGUUUUUGAAAGCUUCAUACCUGACAAUGUUUGGUUGA